AGGGCUGGUGACCUCACGCUGGGCGGGACUGAGGCCUUUAAACCCGGUCCCUGUGCCUCCGCUGCGCCGGCCUCGCAGCCUCCCACGGCCGUCCGUCCGUCUGUCCGAGAGGUGGGUGGGGCGGUUCCUUCCCGGACUUCAGGAAGGGCACUCACGCAACGGACAAAGCAAACUCCAGCCCGCAGCUGAGGGUCCGCAGCAGGAGAGAAGAUGCGGGCGCCCAUUCCAGAGCCCAACCCUGGAGACCUGAUUGAGAUUUUCCGCCCCUUCUACAGACACUGGGCCGUCUACGUUGGUGAUGGAUAUGUGGUCCACCUGGCCCCCCCAAGUGAAAUCGCGGGCGCGGGGGCCGCCAGCCUCAUGUCCGCCCUGACCGACAAGGCCAUAGUGAAGAAGGAGCUGCUGUAUUUUGUUGCCGGGAAAGACAAGUACCAUGUCAACAACAAGCAUGACCAGAAGUACUCCCCGCUGCCUCCCAGCAAGAUCGUGCAGCGGGCGGAGGAGCUGGUGGGGCAGGAGAUGCUCUACAAGGUGACCAGUGAGAACUGUGAGCACUUCGUGAAUGAGCUGCGCUAUGGAGUCCCCCGCAGCGACCAGGUCAGAGAUGCCAUCAUGGCGGCUGGCAUCGCAGGAGUGGGCUUGGCAGCCGUGGGCCUCAUUGGCGCCGUGAUCUCAAGAAACAAGCGACAAAAGCAAUAAGUUGAAGGGACUGUCCCGACAGCAGUUACUUUAAACAUUAACGGGAUCUUGUUUGGCUAGAGGUUUUGAGGUUUGGUUUAUGGCUUUCAUUCUGUUUUUAUAAUAAGGCAUAUUUUCACAGAAUUAAAUACAGCCCAAUAAAGGAGGAUUUUAUUGGGGGAAAUGCAGCCA